UUUGGACGGCUGGUACUCCAUCGAAACGCCUUACCUCCUUUCACAUUAUUCAAAUUCCUCGUGCCCUUGCACGUUGAUUCAAUUACCUACACUACCACCAUGUCACUGGAACCUUUACCAGUAUUCGCUGCUCGCUCUGCCGACGAUCUCGAACCGAUUGACCCGGAGAUCUUGAGCUUGAUCGCAGCCGAUGACAUUGACACUUCAAUGACACAACUCGAGGGCUGCAAUGAAAAGUUCGUGGACGAAUUCACCCCAUUGAACCCGACGUCUACACCGACGGCAGUGGACGCUUUUAACCCUGGCUUCUCGAAGCGUGAGGUGCAGGAUCUCAUGAACUUGCUAGCACCAGAAGCUCUAAAGAUUCCAACGAUGGUACGAAGCUACUCGGAACCAAUCAAGAAGAUUGGCAAGCGCACCAAGAAGUGCACGUACGCUGCUCGAAGGAGAGAGGUGACAUUUCUCCGCCAAGAGUCCAUGGUGCUCGAGAAGCGUCUUAUUGAGCUGCGCAAGCAUCGUGUUGUGUCUCCUAAGACUCGCGAAUACGCUGCACGCGCCAAUUACGAACUGGCAAAGUCCGAGGAGGAAAACAAACGCCUUCGUGCUUUGGUGUCGAGUCAAGAAGCCAAAAUUCGCCAGGCCGACGCGUACAUGGCCAGCACCCACCACCAACGAGCUACUUCCUUUUAA